ACCGCAGGGGAAUCUCGGGCUGACGUGCUCCGCGAACGCCAAUUUGCGGAGAAGCAAAAUCAUUCGUUGGAAUUUUGUCCAAAGCAAUAGCAAAGCCCCAGGCUCCGGCUGCUGUCGUACAUACGUCUGAGUGGGGCUAUAUUUGGGGGGUGAGGGGGUUAAUAGUUCAUGUGCUGAGAAUGGCGAGGUGUGCAAGCGGCGUCUGCAGAGCGGCGCUGAGCGCGCUGCUGCUUCUGAGCGCCCGCUGCUCCUCGACUCCUGGCCCGGAGGACAAAGCCGAUGACAAACCGUCCUGUCACGGAGCUUUCGAUCUGUACUUUGUCUUGGAUAAAUCAGGAAGUGUUAUGAACCACUGGCAUGAAAUAUAUUCUUUUGUCGAAGAUCUUGCUGAAAAGUUUUUGAGUCCCCAGCUGCGGAUGUCUUUUAUUGUUUUCUCUUCAGUAAGCAGAACUUUGAUGAAGCUGACCGCAGAUAGGGUAACUAUACGCAAAGGUCUAAAUACCCUACGGAAGGAAGUGCCCGGGGGAGAUACAUUCAUGCAUGAGGGUAUCAUAAAGGCUACUGAACAGAUUUACCAUGAAAACUACUCAGGGUUUCAAGCUGCUAGUGUCAUCAUUGCAUUGACAGAUGGGGAAUUGAUUGACAAGCUGUAUGACCGUGCACAAGCAGAAGCUGAAAGAGCUAGAAGGUUUGGAGCUACAAUUUAUUGUGUUGGUGUGAAAGAUUUCAAUCAAACUCAGUUAGCCAAAAUUGCUGAUAGCAUUGAUCAUGUGUUCCCAGUAACGGGUGGAUUUGAAGCAUUAGGAAGCAUUAUUGAUGCGAUUCUUAAAAAAUCUUGCAUUGAAAUUCUAGCAGUUGAACCAUCAAGCGUCUGUGCAGGAGAUUCUUAUCAGGUUGUGAUAAGAGGAAAUGGAUUCUCCCAUGCACGAGAUAUUGAUCAAGUUCUUUGUAGCUUUAAGAUAAAUAACACAAUUGUGAUAACUGAGAAGCCUCAUGCUGUGAACGAUGAUUAUUUACUCUGCCCUGCUCCAGUAAUAGAUGAAGUUGGCAUGGUGGUUUACCUGCAAGUGAGCAUGAACCAGGGGUUAACAUUCAUCUCCAGUUCUGUCAGUAUCACCAGCACACAUUGCUCUAAUGGAACAAUCCUUCUAAUUGCACUAUUAGUUUUGUUCCUCCUGUUGGCUUUGGUCCUGCUGUGGUGGUUUUGGCCAUUAUGCUGCACUGUGAUAAUUAAGGAACCACCACCUCCCCCAGUCUAUCAAGAUGACUCUGAUGAUGAAUCCAUGGCAAAGAAAAAGUGGCCAACAGUCGAUGCAUCAUACUAUGGAGGAAGAGGAGUGGGUGGCAUUAAAAGAAUGGAGGUGCGAUGGGGUGAUAAGGGUUCAACAGAAGAAGGUGCAAAAUUAGAAAAACCAAAAAAUGCAGUCAUCAAAAUGCCAGAUCAAGAGUUUGAACUGUUGGAUCCAAAGCCUCACAAACCUCGGCCUUACAGACCACCACAGCAGAGAAAAUGGUACACACCGAUUAAGGGGAAAUUGGAUGCCUUGUGGGCUCUUUUUCGCAGAGGAUAUGAUCAAGUAUCAUUGAUGAGGCCACAGCCUGGAGACAAGGGUCGCUGCAUUAACUUUACUAGAGUAAAAGAAGAUGCAACCUCUUCUCCUUCACACAAUGUUGCAGCUGCUCACAUGCCACCUCCGUACAAUGAAUGUGUUCCUUUAACCCGUGAACCUCCUCGCCCUCCUGCUACAUCAGCCAAGUCAUCGGUAAGGAGCCCACCUCCUGGACCACCACCAUCUCGUGCACCUCCUCCUUCACGACCUCCCCCUCGCCCUGCUGUAAGAGCCUGACCUCACAAGAUUUCUGCUGGUACAAAAACAAUAUCAUUGAGAUUAAAAGACAUGGCUAAAUGGAUAAGUACUACUGAACUUCAAGCCAAAUAUUUAUUAAAUUUAUAGGCUUCUUACAAAAUGUUAAAUCUGUUGCUGUGCAGCAAGUUUCCAUCUGGAGAAUCCUAAUGAGCAAAACAUCACUCUGGAGUCAAAGAUAGCAUUGUGUUCAUUAAUGUGCUUUUUAUUUGUAUGAGUUAGUGAGUUCCUGCUCUGUUAUAAAAAAAUUUUUAUUUUACAAUAAGUACUGCAUUUUUACCUUCUGCAGACGUUUAUAACCAAGCAGAAUUUUCAUUAUUUUUGAAAGUUAACAUUGAUUAAAGAUCAAUGGUUUAAAAAAACAUUAACUAGUACUUAACUAAUUUGAUAUUCAAGUAGACACUUUUCUUAAACUCUCUUAGUGACCAUAUUUAUCAUCUGCUAUAAAUUUAUAAACACCUUCAAAUUCCUGCAUAGACCGACUCCAGAACAUUGGUCAUGGAAAAAUAUCAGAAAAUGUGGAAGAACUGUGCCCCUUUCUGCACUGUUAUACCAAUGUUCAUAUAACAUUCAAAUUUCCAGUCAAUGUUAAUAGUGAAUGACAAAACAAAAAAUGGCUCUAAAUUAACACCAACAAUUUGCGCACAAGCAGCAUAUUUAACAAAAGCAUUGUUAAGAGCUUUUACUCAAGGGAUUGUUUAAGUUCUUAACAUCUCUAAUUUAGUUCCAUAAAAGUGUGUUCAAAGAAGUAAUGAUUUUUGAAAAGCUUAAGAAACUACAUGUGAGCUGUGCCCUACUUGUAAUUGGAAGUUACCAUCUGAAUAUAGAAACUCAGUUGUGAGGUUUUGUAACUAUUAUUAUGUAAUAAUAUAACUUGGUGUGUAUUAAUGCUUGCAUGCAUAUUUCAGCAUUGCUCACAUACCCACAAUCCUUAAGGUUGUGUAUUGGCUUCACACGCUCAUUAUUGAAUUGCAGGGUGAGAACAAGAAAUUCCAAGCCUUGAUAAAGUUAUUUAAUUAAUUAAUAUAAUUACAUUGACCUAAGUGUGUGAUUUCAUGGUCAUUGAGCAUUGGGUAACUAGGCCCUUGUUUAUUAUUUACAUUUAAAGAUAAAUGUUCUGAGAAAGUGAAGCCAUGGAGAGUGUGAAGGUUCUCAUGCAUAAUUAAUAUAAUGAAAGCCAUAGGUUUGUUGACCAGUAGAAAGGUUCUAAAGUUGCUGGUCGAUGCAAUAUAACAAAGAUUGACCUCUUAACUGAUUAAUUCACUGAACUCUCAACUGCAAUUUCGCUUAUACUUGACUUCAUUUGUACAUAGGAAGUGACCCUAAACAUUGCUCUGUCUGAACAAUAGUCUUAAUCUAGGGAAUGUUCUUGCUGUCCUUGAAUUUAAAAUGUUACAGAUGGACGAUGAAGAAAUGUGUGCAGGCUGUGACCUAAGAUUUUCUUUUCUUCUGAUGAAUAAUUUUGAACAUGCUCUUCUCAUAGAAUUUAUUAGCCAGUUACUAAAUAGCAAGAUUGUUCUAUGACAAGAUAUACAUAACAUUUUUAACCAUGGGUAAUAGCUCAUAGAAAACAUUUAAAAAUUAAUUAGAAUUAUGAAAAUGCUUAUCUGCUGGUUGGUAAACACUUUAUAGUUAUUUCAAUGUUAAUUCUAGAGUCCAGGCACUUUUUCUGACCACAUUCAAUUGUAUCAUUCCGAUUACUUAUUUCUUUCCUUGCAAAUACCAUUAUUUUAUUUCUUUCAGGGCACAGUUACAUUUUGGCAACAUGUAACAGUAUCUAUUGUAGUGUUUUAUAAACAGAUGAAAUAGUGAAACCCAUCCUGGUAAAGAAAAUAUUGUAAGCUUUUGUGCUAAUAGAGAAAAAAAAUCAAGUUUUACUGCAGGGCAGUUAAAUGUAUUAAUUUACAAAACUGUGGUCUAGGUGUAGGUACUCGAAUCUAAGUUGGCCACUAAAUCGUCAAGAUGCUAGAUGCAUAUAGUAGAGCAAGCAUAAUUGAGCUUGAGUAGGACAUAAAUACUUUCCUUUUUCAUUUAGUACAUAGACUUUGUUGAUUCUUUGUGGUUAACUGAAACUUGUGAUUUUGUUUGUCAUUGGUUAUUUCAUGGAACAAUUUAGUGAGCAGGUGAAUAGGUUGGGUGGUCAUAAAUUGAAUAACACCUCGAGAAAGGAUUGCAUUCACAUUACAGUGGUAUGAUUGCUCAGUUUAACAGAAUCAUCACAAAGAAAAUAGGAUUCACUACGAGGCUGACAAAUCACUAAGCUGUUGCCCAGGUUUGGGCAGCCUGUGGAACAUAGAGCAAAGGGAUUAAAUAUCCUCAGCACUGGUAGUGUGCCAUUCAGGCAAUUACUUGGUUACAUGGAAAGUGCUGCCUGGGGUGGUGGUAAAGACAGAUACAUUAGGAACAUUUCAGAGACUCUUAGAUAGUCACAAGGAUGAUAGAGAAAUGAAGGGCUAUGUGGAAGAGAGAGGUUAGAUUGAUCUCAGAGUAGGUUAAAAGGUUGGCACAACAUCAUGGGCCAAAGGGCUUCUACUGCACUGUAAUGUUCUAUGUUCUAAUAGACUAGUUUUAUGACAUUUGUUGUGAUUCUUUUCAUUUUUAAUGUCUGUGAUUGCCUUAUUAAUGCCAGAAUUGCAAAUUUGAAUCUGUGUUCAGAAGAGCUCACUUGAUUGCCAUUGUAUUUUAUAAUUUUUACCUGAGCAAACAAAAUGAUGAAAGAAUUGAGAAACAGAACUAUGGCUGGAGAAGGUUAGGAACACAUGGCAGACCAGGACUGAUGUGUAAAUAUUUUGAGUGUAUCUUUCAAUUUCUGAUCUGUUACGUAUUUCAAACAUUUUCUGAUUUUUGUCUUACUGCUUUAAAUUGCAACAACUGAUCAAUGUUUCAUUUAAUCUCCAGAACAAAGCUGGGUUUAAGUAAAACAGCAUCUAAUUGCAAACAUAUCAGAAAUACAUCAUUUUGUACUUCCAACCUGUGAGGAUCCUCACUAAUAAUAAAAAUGUCUAUUACAUGAACAGAAUAUAUAGAUAGUUUGACAUCAUACAAAAGUUUUCUGUUAAAAGUGAAGUAGCAAAAUUAUGUUUCAUACUUGCAUUGACAUCAAACAGAUGUAAUUGUGUAUCAGUGCUGAUAAGUUUGUACUGUUUUCCUUUUGUCUGUAAUGUCUGUAAUCACUAAUAAACUACAAAUCUUUUAUGUAAAAUUA